CACUCUCACUCUCUCUCCCCCUAUUUUACCUUUUUUUCUUUUGCCACCAUUCGCGGGAAGAAACUCCAAAUCUAAGAAUUGGAAAUCUGUGGGCUUCUUCUGUCUUCCCCAGAUUGAUAAACACAUAAUGGAAAAAAGGCAACUAGAUUUCAAUGCACCACUUAUGUCUGCAAGGAGAUAUUCUUCACCUUCGAAAUCUUCUGAUCUAGCUAAACGGAAGGCGGUUGAGCGGCCACUGCCCUCCCGGCAGCAAUCUCUUCAACCUACGAAAUCCAAGUGGGAAAGUGAGGAGGUGACGAUGACCAAACCAGCAUCCGUUCCAUUUCACUGGGAGCAAAUCCCGGGAAGGCCUAAAGGUGAAGUUGAGAGCCAUUCACAUACCCCGGAGGAAUCAAACACGCCACGUCUUCCUCCAGCAAGGGUGUCAGACGCAAUAAGGCGCAGUUCGGGCGAAAUCCCAAAGAUUCCUCCUGGUCGGUUAUCUGGUCCCUUGAGAUACUUUUCUGGUGACAGAACGAACGAUCAUAACUCUUACAGGUCGAACGUUGAAGCAUUUUCCUUCACUGAUCAUGCUAGUCUGUUGGAGAGGUUGAAUGAUAGUUUGAACUGUAAAGAUGAUUCGGAUUCAGAGAGUGGAGAUGACACAUAUUCGGAUGCACUCGACACACUCUCUCAGACAGAGUCAUGGUCCUUCAACUAUAGUGUGAGUGGGAUAAGUGGCUACCAGAGUUCAGGUGUGAAACCGUCCGGAACCUUCUCUGUCGACACUCAAACUCGAGAUUUCAUGAUGAAUAGGUUCCUGCCUGCAGCCAAGGCUGCUGUUCUCGAAACACCUGAAUACGCUGUGAAGAAAGCGGCUCCAGUUGAGGAGAAGCCACACAGGCCAGUUUCUAGGGAGAUGAAGCCUUCGCUCAGGCAAUACAGUUCGGAUGCAUUGCCAUAUUACGCUCAGUAUAUCAAUAAUGUGGAAAGCGAAGAUGAGGAUCAGGAGUCGGUUGCUCCUCCGAGUAAAAAAUCUGGGAAAGCUUGGGGGAUCCUCCCUCGUUUCUGUGUCAAGAAUUCGUUGUGCCUUCUGAAUCCCCUGCCUGCAUUGAAGUCGAAACCCAAAAGCCGGGCUCCUUCCCCUACAACGCGUGAAGUGAAAAGAUUCACUAGAAAUGCACAUAGUGGACCACUUGACAAGAAUGCUUGCCAGGUGGUACAAAAGAAGAAAUUCCAUUCAGGAUUACUAUCUCGGGAUCUGCCAGGAAUCGACAAGUUUAGCAAUCAGUUUGUCAACUCAGGUGACUCACACAGAUCAGCAGGAGUGUCUCCAAUGGGGCGACAACGAAGUGGCAACAUUUCUCCAUAUCGUAAUGAAUCUCCAAAGUCUCCAUUUCGCGAAGGAGCAGGGUUUCUUGGCGUCCCUAAAGAAACCGAGGCUUUCAAUGCUAAGAUUGCUUCAUCGCGCAAGAUGUUCAAGGCCCUUCAAGAUGUUUCGAGGAAUCAGAUAAGCGCAGCCCCUGCAGCUGAUCCUGUGGAGAAAACCGUGUAUGUAGAUUACGUGAAGAAGAAAGAACUUCCCACUACAAAAGCUCAAGUUCUUGAUGCCCCCAAGGCCAACACAUUGAAGGAAGCCAAAACACUAACUCCUAAAUCCAUACCUUCUGCCUAUUCACAUAACUAUGCUGCUGAUGCAAUGGAAGAUUUUAAACCGAUGCAAAGCCAUGAUCAAGAAUCGAGAAACGAAGCUCCCUGUGAAGCUAAAUUCGUAGUGAAGGAAGAAGAGAAGCUAGAACCGGAAAAUGGAACGAAAGAGAUGGAUCCUCCUAUGAAAUCUUUACCUCCACCACUACCAAAAUCUCCAUCUGAAUCUUGGCUUUGGCGUACUCUGCCUUCUAUGAAUCCGUUUGCUAACUCACGUCGAGGCAGCCCUCUUCACCCCAAGAAGCUGCAGGGGCAGAAGACCUCAGCCACUAGCACCAAAUGGGAGACAAUUGUAAAGACUUCUAACUCGCGACACGAUCAUAUCCGCUACUCAGAGGAGCUUGUGCAUCGUGCUUCGUACCCGCGGCCUAUGAAGUCGUAGGACACCAUACGGCCAAUGCUGCCGUGGUGCUAUUCUUUGGAAAGUGUCAGAUUUGCAAGACCUUCCAGCUAUACUAAUUUUACGCCUUUCCCAAUUUUUUGAGGAAAUACAAUACGAGUUGAUGAGCUUUGAAGGGAAGUGAUUGUAGUUUUUUUCACAUCCUCUCCUUUUGAUAUGGUGAAGAGGUAAAGAUGAAGCAUGUGAUUUCUGAUUAUCAUAUGCUCAACGUGUAUAUAUAAUACACGGUGUAUUUGUUUGUUGAGCUCUUUCUUCGUGAAGUUUCAGAAAGUUCAUUUUCCUGUUA